UUUCAGCUCUGAGCUCUUCUGGAAGUGACUCAAACGCUGGACGCGAAUGAAGCUGAAGGAAAGUGAGUAAAGACGAAGAAUGUGGUGCAGACCUUCAAGAGUCACGCCGUUUUCUUUUCUUUUGCAGGGCUUUAGCACGUCACUGAGGCUUUAGCACGUCACUGUUAGAGUAAUGCCAUUUGGAUCCAUCAGCCAGACUCCUGAGCACCAAUCCAGAGUCUAAAAACCUGCACACUGCAGUAUUAUGGGAAACCUGCAUCUUCUGACCUGAAAACGUUUGUCAAGCCGGUUUCAAAGUUUUUGCUUCUGAUACAUUUAUUAAUCUUUUUGGGACUUGAACAUGGCCAUCAACACAGACGCCAACUUUGAGAAGUCCAGUUUGGGUGGAGGAUCCGUUCAGCCCGCAGACUCGCACGAGACAGAGAAGCUGCUUGCAGUGAGCACUAACCCCGGUGGGAAUGGGAUGAAGAUGUCCACCUCCUUCACGGUCAACAUGGACAGUGACAAGGCUCGAGAGGCCGAUCAGAAUGGACAUAGUGUCCCUCUGAGAUCGGGCUCCGCAGGGCAGCUGUCCGCCACCACCCCUCUGUCGCCAUCCAGGGUCAGUCUGAGCCGAUCUUCCACCGGGAACCCCGCCGUCCAGGACACCCCGAAGCCCAAGGAUUACCUGAUCCUGGUUAUCUUCUCCUGCUUCUGUCCCGUCUGGCCCAUCAACAUUGUGGCUCUGGUCUACUCCAUCAUGUCUAGAAACAGUCUCCAGUCAGGGGAUGUGGAUGGGGCCAGGAGGCUGGGGCGACUGGCCCGUCUGCUCGGUAUUGUCUCCAUCGUACUGGGAGUGAUCGUCCUCAUUGUCUUCAUCUCAGUUUCAGUGAAAAGAACUCACUGACCUGAAGAACUGGAAGAGGAGACCUGUGAAAGCAAACCACAAAUGCAAAAAGAAAAUUAGAGCUCUGAAGAAAAAUCCUAUUAUGCCAUGUCAAGACUUCAUCAUCCUCAGACAUAAAUUAAUAAUAAUUAAAAAAAUUUAAGAAUAAAAGCAAAAACUGCAGUUAGCAUACGAUUUAAGAUAUUGUAAAGAAAAAAAAAAUCCACUGUUGCAUGCAUUAAAAUCCAGUAACAUUUGCUUGGCAAAGAGCGAAACGCCUGAUGUCAAAAUUGUUCAGAUUAAAAGAAAUUGCUGAUUUGUGUUUGAUCAGAAGGACUGUUUAUUUUCAUCAAUAAUGGACUUGUUAAAA